CCCCCCAUUUAAAAAUAUUUAAAAGUAGGACAUGCCCGUGUUUGUUACUCUUGACCCACUUAUACUACAUUCACAAAUUUCUAGUUUCUUAUGCCACAUCCCUAGUACUAACACUACUGGAAAGAUACAUUUGCAUCUGCCCCAAGAGGACUCCUGACUGGGAGAGAGGCAUACACACUUUUGUGUGUGUGUGUGUGUGUGUGUGUGUGUGUACAUUCAUUUGCUAUGAAUCACACUUCCAAACUUUUCUGAAAUGAUGUUAAACCAAAUAUAGAAUGGUUUCUAUGCAGCUUCUUUAUAACUGUGGGCCCGGUACUGCUCAAUAGGAAGCCCAUCAACAAAUUACAUAAUGAAGGGACUGCAUGAAACAAAACAUUUUCUUGUCAGAGGAAAACAGAUGACAGAGAUAAUGGUCUCACAGAUUUCUGCCACCAGGAAGAGGGAACUGUUUUUAAGGGCACUUGAUGGCUCCCUGUGAUUGUAUCACUAUGGUGGUUGGAAAGUUUGGCUUGUCAGGACAGAAAGACAACAUUCAGAUAAAAUCGAUGUAUAAAAACUCCCUAUUCAUAUGUAGCAUGCUAUCAUAAUCCAAUAUCUAGCAGCAGCAGCAGUUCUUACCCUGAGCAAACACAUAUGGAUGCACCCAGAUAGACCUUUCUUCACAGUUCCUAGGAGCUGGUCCUUAUUUACUGACAAGUCUGUGUCGUAGUUCAGUUUCAUGUUUAAGCUAUGGAGCCUGGAAAGUGGAAUAACUUUGGACUGAGAAACACGAAGGAUUCCCCGCAUCUCUAAGGGUGCAAUCACUAUAGAGUGUUGCAAGACUUUACUUGUGACACAAGGUAUUCUCACAGAAGCAUUCCAUGAUAUCUAACUUAAGGGGUAUUCCACAACAGGGGAAGAUCUUUAUGGAUUCUUGGAAUUCAAAAUCAUAAUCACAUGCAUGAACAGAGCUAAUCAGUUGAAGGGGAAUAGUUAGGCGCUGAUGUACUGUAUCCUGCACACGCAAGGGUGACAAUGAUAGUAAUAAAUUCUCUGGUGGGAGUACUGCAAUCGCGUGACUAGCCCAGAAGGCGAAGUAUUUUUGCUAUGGCAGUAUGAAAAAUAUUAUUCUUCAAAAGAAUAGAACAUGGAAGCGGUUGGCUACAGUGUCCAUGUUUCAUGUUAUAAAAUAUUUAAAUAUGAUGCCUAUCCCAUGCCCGAGGUCAAAAAGCUAAUUAGAUAAUUAUCUGCCUUUUACAAGAGUCUGGAGGGCUUUAGCAACCAUGCCCCCAAGUAACUGAAAAAGUCGAAUAGGGGAAGUUCUGAAAUGAGAGAAUAAUCCAUGCCGUGCGUUGACAUGCUUGCGUGGAGCAGUGCUGUCUUCCCGCACGACUCACCUAAGGAUGGACUUGACACCAUCACGAGGAACAUCGUAAGCUCCAUGAUUAGUCAGAAGAGGCAGAAAUAUGUGGAAUGAGCGACAAAGGAAGGAAAAAGCAACUGGGACAGGAGUGAAGAAACCAGCGUAUGGAGGAAGGCUGUGUGUGGAAGAGGCAGUGAAAAUGCAAACAGGAAGAGGCAGUGAAAAUGCAAACAGGAAGAGGCAGUGGAAAUGCAAACAGGAAAAGCCAGUGAAAAUGCAAACAGGAAGAGGCGGCGAAAAUGCAAACAGGAAGAGGCAGUGAAAAUGCAAACAGGAAGAGCCGGUGAAAAUGCAAACAGGAAGAGGCGGUGAAAAUGCAAACAGGAAGAGGCAGUGAAAAUGCAAACAGGAAGAGGCGGUGAAAAUGCAAACAGGAAGAGGCAGUGAAAAUGCAAACAGGAAGAGGCGGUGAAAAUGCAAACAGGAAGAGGCAGUGAAAAUGCAAACAGGAAGAGGCGGUGAAAAUGCAAACAGGAAGAGGCAGUGAAAAUGCAAACAGGAAGAGGCAGCAUGCAGACUCUUGACCAGAGAGAUAUAGUGAUAUUCUUGCACCUGAUUACCACCUGUGACGUUGGCCUAUCUGUCCUCAUGGAAAGUGAGAGGGCUUCAGUUCCUGCUCCUUUUUAAUUUAACCGCCCCCCACAGCCUAAUUGAGAGCUAUCGACUAAUACCUCCUCCACAAUCCUCUUAGUUUGCAUGUACUGUUUCUAAGAUGGUCACCAAGAUUCCAGUAUCUUAUUCUGGGAAAGCUCCCCCUUGGCCCUGCCCAUCCAACCUAAACACUCACUUUCAUACAGAAGAACAAGUAACCACUAAGUCAGCACGACCAGCCGAAGGAGGAAAUCCACAUUCACCCAGAGAAAUGUCAGGCCUUGCUCUGGUUGAGGAUGAACUAUCUACAAGCCACACAGGUCCCAAGGGGGUGAUCAACGACUGGAGGAAGUUCAAACUGGAGAGUCUAGACCGGGACGGCCAGCCUCCCAGCAAGCGCGAGCUCCUCCGGCAGAUGUCUUCACCUAACAGAUCCAAAGGCGACUCCCGAGAAACUCCCAACCGCAAGAUGAACAUGCAGGAGUACAAGCUGAUCAAGGACGAGGAUGAGCAGUUCCUGCGCAAGUACCGCAAGCAGUGCAUGCAGGAGAUGCAUGAACGCCUGAGCUUCGGACCCAGGUUUGAGCGCCUGUAUGAGCUGGAGAGCGGGGAGGCCUUCUUGGACGCCAUCGAGAAAGAGCACCGUCUCACUGUAGUGGUGGUGCACAUCUACAAGGACAGCAUCAAGGGCUGUGAGACUCUCAACCACUGCCUGACCUACCUGGCUGCCGAAUACCCCAGCGUCAAGUUCUGCAAGAUCAAGGCUUCAAGCACCGGGGCGAGUGACCGCUUCUCAGACAAUGUGCUGCCCGCUUUGCUGGUGUACAAGGCGGGAGAGCUUUUGGGCAACUUCCUGUGUGCCACCCAACAGCUCAAUGCGGAGUUCCACGCCAUCGAUGUGGAGGCGUUCCUGAACGAGUACGGCCUGCUGCCAACAAAAUACUUGACGGCUGAGGUCAAAGAUGAGGAAGAAGCUGAUGUGGAAUGAAGCCGUGGUUUUUCAAGAGGGAGUCUCACAGAAUAUUUCACUACUCUUCUUAUAGGGCAAUGUAGCAGAACUUUUGCUGUCAAAAGACUGUUCUCUAUGAACAGGUAGGGGUGACCUUUCUCCAUCAGAGCCCCUUUAAUGACAGAAUACCUCAUCAAUGAAAUGUAAAAAGGUCAUUCACGAUGCUUCCUGAGUGUGAACAGCCUAAAACUCAUUAUUGCUGUCAAUACUUUCAAUAUUGACUGAUAAAUAUUGCAGUUUGUCAAAAUCAUCAUUUAAAUGUAUCUUGACUGAAACUAUAAGAUGAAAU